AUGUCCCAGGGGUUGCCGGUGCCUCCCCCCUUCCCUACACCACCACCGGGCUUCAACAGGCAUUACCAAACCAGUGCCCAGCAGCUCCCAGAAGAGACCGAGCUGCAACGUCGGAAGCGGCAAGCCCUCGAAAGGAUGUCGGCGCGGCCUCCUCCUGUUGCUGCUGCUGAGAGUGUGCAACGACGCUCAGGUCCCGACUCUGGGUAUGGUCCUGCGCCCGACCCCAACGAUAAAGAAGCCUUCGAGGCUUAUCGCCGUGCUUGUUGGUUGAAGUACUACCAGCACAUGGCGGCACUCCAAACUCCUGAAGAGUCAGAUGACCAUCAUAAUCAUCAACAACAACAACAGAAGCAGUCCUCGACGGUUACUCCAAUGCCUCAUGAUGAUGAUGACGAUGAAGACGAUGAUAUCAACAAGGAGCUGCUCGGUCUCUAG